AUAUCGCACGUGGGCGGGAUGACAGACCAACACUAUGUCCUGACUGGCCGAGAUGUGCCGGAAGGAAUGCAGAUGAAGCGCCUCCGCUGGGUCCACGUGGUCGCGCAGAGCCUCGGGAUAGAGGAGGCGCUCAGCCUGUCGCUUCUCGACAUGAGCCGCACCGGGCGACUCUGGCCGGUGGCUUUCACUCGCAAGCAGCGCCAGUUCACGAUCCAGAUGCUACAGUGUCGUCGCGAUCCGCUGAGGCGCAGAGUCGGGGCCAACGCGAGCGCGACCUGGAUCAAGUGCAUCGACUGCGACCUGAGGCUGGCCUACUGGAAUCGCCCAAAGAUCGAGGUGCAGCCCCACCUCCUGGCGAUCAAGGACGACCCGAACCAGAGCAGCGCGGCGAUGCCGAACAUCCGCCGCUACAACAAGGGCCAGGACGACAGGAAGGAGCUCCUGAUCAAGCUGGUCAAGACCGACACCUCCAGGAGUCCGGCCGCGGUGAAGGUGCCGGUCCACUCGGAGGCCACGUCGAGGACAUCGGAGAGUACUCUUGCGAAGGAUAUGAAGGAGCUGAAGGACGCGAUUCUGCAGCAGAACGAGUACAUCCAGCAACACAGCCAGGCUCUGCAGUUCCUCAUGCAGCCCCACCUGGCCCAGAUCCAGCAGUGCCAGGAGGCAGCGGUCAUGACGGCGAUUCCGGGCACGCCGCGCCAGGCCGACAAGUGGGGGGUGAUCGGGCCCGGCGGUUGCUGGACUGGCAUUCCUGUCGCUGAGAAGGGCACGUGCUGCGGCAUGAGCCGGUUCGUGAGUGAGGUUGGUUGCGAAUCUCUUUACCUUCAGCAGGCAGUUUCCCCGCUGAAUGCGCCGGCGUCCGAGCUAUUCUACUUCCCAAGGUGCAAGGAGGAGAUGUGGAAGAAGCAUCGGGAUAUGGGGCACUCGUGGAUUCUUCUUGGCAAACAGGGCGACCGGUUGCAGGCGCUUCCCAGCUCGGGAGAUCCCUUGAGCUCUUUUCCUGUCGAGGGCGAGUGCCAUUUAGUUGUCCGUCACGACGGCUGGGCCUCCGCCAUCCAG